CUCUCCUACACUCGUGACCCUCGACUUCCCCUCGCCUCUCCCGCACUCACGAGCCUUCGACUUCCGCAUCUCGCCGCUACCAGACACCGUCCGCGACCUAGCACCGCCCUCGCGAGACCUCCUCGGUGGGGGCCCAGCGGCCUCGGCCGCUCCGGUCCUAGCCAUCCCAGCGCGAGCGGGGGGCCUAACUGACCCUGCGACCCUGGCAUGGCCGGCAGUGCCGGCGUGGCGGCUCCAGCCAACCCGGAGCGGGCGGUGGGUGCAGGCAUGGCGGGCCGGCUACAGCCACACCUCAGGACUCUGCUGCAACCCUACGCCCAGCGGCCCAACCCGUCCGCUCGGUGGGACCUCCAGGUGUGGGUGACGAGAAGCAGUCAAAGCACGUUGAGCAGCAAUAGCUUCUUCAAGUCCUCCUACACCCUCCCUCACUGCUGCCACCAGGAAACCCUAGCAAGCGGAGUGGUGGCCGCCGCGGUAGAGGAGGCGCUGUCGUGUUCUUUGGUCACUCCCAGGACACCUUCUUCCUGCUUAUCUCCUUGCUGCUUCAAUCAGGCAAAUCAAUUCGAUUAUUCAUAGCUGCUCCUUUCUGCGUUUGUUCCCCACAACCGUGCCCUGUUCCAAGAAACAACAGUAAGCCUUUGCAAUUUUCAGGUAUGACUUUUGGUCUUGUUUUCUUUGUGUGGCUGACAGCUACAAAAUAUAUAGCUGGUAGAGAUGUGAGAUUAUUUUUGACAAAUAUUUUCUUCUGUUAUUUUUUGAAUAUGAGAUAGUCAGGUAAACCAUUUCUAGGUUUGAAAACAUGAUGUUCUGGACACUGGAUCCAUAACACCAUAAAUAAUUUAGAUGGAUCUCAGACAUCAUUGUUUAUCUUGUCAGUAUUCAGUACAACACCUAAUUGUUAAUAAAUCCUAACGAAGUUGAUAGCCAUUUCUCUGAGAAAUAAAAAUAGCAGUAUCAUGAGUCAUGCCAAAAGCAGUGUUGCAUUUAUCUAGACUGAAGUUAUAUGACAUUAUGACUGAGCUCAUGUACUUUCCCCCAUCUAUUACAGCACCUUUAGGAUAUAUCGUGCAUUUGAGAACCAACAUUCAGGUUUAUGUUAAGUACAAUUAAUAAGCUUGGCCCACUACAGUAGGUCAAUGCUAUACAACCUUCAGCUAUUUUCUGCAUUUUCCUUUUUCUAAUUGUCAGUAGAGCAUGGGUACCUACCUACCCUUGUGCACAUGUUUCAACCCACGUCAAUUAUGUUGGCUGCUUACUCAAAGAGUAGUCAAGGUGCACCCUUUAUCUUUCAGGAGUUGUCUGAACAAAGUGUAAAUGCAUUUCAGUUAAUGGAGGAAGAAUGAUUUGAACCAAACCUUGUUAUCCUAAAUUUGUUAAUCAACGCUUUUGGCACUGCUAGAAGGCAUUUGGAGGCACUAGCUGUAUUCCAGCAUAUCAAGGAUAAUGUAUGUACCUCAUCUAGAAAUGAGAUGAAAAUGUUUUGAGUUUUGGUCUAUCAUUUUGCAAAAUGGAACUAAACACCAUGCAAAUUUUUUUAGCAAAAAGGUGAUUAUUCUCUAUUUUGGAUUUUAGUCUCACGAGGCCAAAAAGAACCUAAAAGAGCAUCAAGAAGCUCUCAUGAGGGCAAUAAAUUCUGCACUUUGGAUGGAACUAAACGUAACCUUGAAAAUUUUGGCAUUUUGCAUUCCAUCAUUUUAAAGUAGUUGGCAUUUUGCAUUUUAUGGGGAACUAAACACCCCCUAAAUGUCAGUGCCAUUUUCUAAAUGGGAGUGUUGCGUUGAAAGUUUAGUGCAUGAACACACUAGAUGUUGUGCUGUCUGCAAAUAUAAGAAUGAACCAGAGCAUAAUAAUCAACCAGAGAAACAUAUGUGCAGUUUAGUUUCUCAAUCAAAGCACAAUAAUCAACCAUAGAAACUCAUUGCUGCAUCAUUGACUGCUAAAAGAUAGAUUGUAGGUCUGCAAUGUUGCUCUAGGUAAUGGCAAUGUUGUGGCUGUCAGCUUUGAGCUGAAUAUAAUUGUAUUAGAGAGUUUUUUUGGUCCUUUGUAUUGUAUGAAUCAUCCAUUAUGUUGGUGGCUUAACUCUGAUGAUGACGAUGGCUUCGAUGCCGACAUUGUUCUGUGAAGUGUCGAUGAGAGUGCGGCAGACGGCAUCGAGGGCAAGCUCCUACAUGAGGCAUAUAAUCAACAUGCAAGAACACAGCUAAAGUGAAGAUGCAGGCAUAUACUCAACAUAUGCAAGAACUAGCUAAAGCGAAAGAUACCAGAACUGCAGGCUAGGUCUUCAUCAGUAUUUUUUGGAGUCUGAAUGAUUACUGGUGUUCUGGCAUUGUGCUAUACCUAGGCGUGGAAGGCCACACAGUGCAUUAUUCCCCAUUAGUGAUUUGAGUAUGAUGUUUGAGAACACUCCUUGUGUCUAUCUAUCCAAUCUGUUAAAGGAAAGAUUCAGAUUGGCAAGGUAAGUGAGAUCAGUCAAGGAUUUUGUGAUGGCAACUGAAAAGUGCAUUGGAGAAUAGAUCCAACUCCUCGAUAUUAAGUAUAUUGCUGAAUGAACCUGGUAUUCUUCCUUGGAAUAAAUUUGCGAAUAGAUUAAUACUUAUGAUCAUGUGGAGUUCACUAUAGGAAAUUGGUUUGCAAAUUGCAAUUGAAGUUGGUAGCCUCCCUGUGAAUGCAUUAUUUGAUAUGCCAAUGGUUGUAAGGCUUCUACAUUUGGACAAUGAAGCAAAUAUGAAAUCUUCAGAUCCCUAGAGAGAUGGUUUCCAUCAACAAUGGUGCAAUGGGGAUUCAACAAGUUGCUAAAUGACAUCAGCACUGAUCUUGUCAAUCUGUUUCCAUGUAAGUCUAUUUGGGCAAGGUUUGAUAGAUUGCCUAUGGAUUCUUGAAUGACACCAGUUAUUUGAUUAUCUCGACUAGCCCAAUUCUGGUGCAAUCUCCCUUGUAGAUUGUUCUCACUGAAGUUGAACAAAAGCAGGGUGUGGUUGCUCAGUCAACUGGGAUCAUUCCAGUCAGGUCAUUCAUUGACAAGGAUAUUGCAAUUUGGAAGUGUUGCCAUCCAUAACGACACAGAACAUUUGAAAUUAUUGAUAGCAUUUUACAGUGUGUCUAGGUUCUGACAUGCAUAAAGUCCUACCAGGAUGGGCAUAUUGAAAUGGUUUUUUGGAGAAUCAGCACUUGCAACAUCGGGAGGUGAAAGCUCCCAUUUCCAGGAAUGGGACCUGAGAGAUUGUUCCUUUCGACAAUAGUGCUUGAAGCUGGUAAAUAUUAAACAAAGUGGCAUGGAGUCUAAUUUUUUUCCAAGACAAACACCUCCAGCUUUAGUAAUGAGCUGAUACUAUCAAGAAUUGCUUCUGUCAACCUAUUCGAGCCAAUACAUUUCACUCAAAUUGGGGUGUGGUGUUGAACAAGUCCUGCAGAUUUCAUACGCUUGGGAGAACACAAAUCAGAACUCAUUUUGCUGAAAAGAAGGGCAUCUCAUGGCAUCGUAUUGAUCAAAUAUUUCAUCAGAGAUGCAGGUACCCGAUAUCCUACACUGCUGAUUUGUAACCAUGCAGUAAGAAUUGGAAAUAAUAUUUUUAAAAAAUUGGCCUUUACGUCUGUGCAUUGCAGAGAGAUUAGUUGCUUAGUAUGGAGAGACUAUACAAAACUACUAGCUGCUUUAUAGUAUUAUAGCAUCAGCAAUGUAAGGAUUCUAUUUGUAACUGCUCUAUACUUUGCAAUAAUGAAAAUUUCAGAGCA